CGUGGCUGAUAUUCCCUUGUAAUACUGACAUACACUGUACAUAUCCCUCGAUACGUUUUCAUACCAUUCCCCAUAUCACUCCCAAUCGGAGCGGAUCGGAUCAGUGUAUGGGAAAGCAACCAUCACCUUCGGCGGAGCAGCAGCUCGUGGUACCGCAGCCCAAGCGCUAUCGUGGAGGCAAGGUGAUGCGGGACCAUGCCACGGCGCUGGAGCGGGUGCACGCCAGCCGCAGCUCGUGGCGACCGAUCGAACCACCCAUGCACGACGAGCUGCCGUUGGAAAGCUGCUUUGACGGGCUCAUGCUAGGAAGUGACAUGAGCAUGGUUCAUGAAGCUUCCUCCUGGGUAGACGAAGGUCGACCGCUGUCGUCUGCGUCGGAGCGCUCCACAACCGACUUCAUGGACGACGACGACGACGACCCCUUGUCUGAAGACGAAGAGCUCACGCAAUUGUGCUCUUCCACGUGAACGAAUGAACGAACGAACGACGUAGAGUCGUCUGUGGUGCCACCACUGCCGCCUCCUUUGGCACGACCGACGACUUCCAUGCCUCUUACACCCCUCGUAAACCCUAAAAAUCACACACGCGUUGUUCCGUUGCCUA